AAGUGACUGGAGUGCGUGCGCCGUUCAUAAGUUCGCGACGUGUAGUUUUCACGUGCUUUGGUUCCUGGCAGGAUGAAGUUGGAGCUGUCCAUGGUAGUGCAGGGCUGUCGGCUAGGUGUGCUGACGGGACUGGGCAGGGCAGGACAGCACUCCCUAGAGGUGCCGGGGUGCCUGCUGUACACCCGCUGCGGCACCGUGCCACACCUCACCCAGGACACUUUGCACACACUGAACAACCUGCCCUCUGUCACACAGCUCACCCUGAACACACUAGCGGAACACCAGGAAGUAUUGGAGGAGUUCAAGGAGGGAGUCAGGAAGUUUGCAGGUCUUCAUGACACGGUGUUGUACUGCUCCCUCCACGACCCUGCGACCUCAUGCCCCCCAGGUCACAUCACCAACAAGACGGUGUCUGUGUGGGGCAGUGGCGGUCGUAUCGAGCUGACGGUUGCGAAGUUCAUGGCUCUUCAGAAGGCUGUCCAGCCAGACCUGUACCAGAGCAUGGCAGACGGCGAGACUUGGCAGAUCAACACUUCUCGCAAGAGGGUCCGCAAGUCAGUGGACCGCACCCUGGCCCACCUGGAUGAGUGUCUGCUGCUCCACCACAAAACACAGGAGCUGAGUGGGGUGGAGGUGUUGGGGGUGGUGGAGGGAGGAGAUGUGCUGGAGGAGAGAGUGCGGUCGGCCAGGGAGACGGCCAAGCGGCCAGUAGGAGGAUUCUGUCUGGACGGGCUCCAUACUGCAGCCAUGGAGACACACCUCCGGACCCAGCUCAUCACCGCCGUCAUCAAGGAGCUCCCUGAGGACAAACCCAGGCUGCUGCAGGGUGUGGGGCGGCCAGACGAGGUGCUGGCGUGCGUGGAGGCGGGAGUGGACCUGUUUGAGAGCUUCUUCCCCUUCCAGGUGACCGAGCGAGGCUGUGCUCUCACCUUCCCUUUCAACAUCACUACUGACCCAGAGGCAGCAGGUACAGGUGUACAGGUACCCCCAACAGUUGUGGAGUUGGACAAGUCCGAAGCUGCUGUAGGUCAGAAGAAUGGAACCGAAAAUCCCCAAGAAGAUCAAACUAAGAUGACUCCUUUUGAGAUCAACCUGAAAGAUAAGAGGUACAGAGAGGACUUCAGUCCCCUGGUGGAGGGGUGUGGCUGCUACUGCUGCAGGAACCACCAGAGGGCGUACCUACACCACCUUCUGGUGACCAAUGAGCUUCUGGCUGGAGUACUGCUCAUGCUCCACAACACGGCCCACUACUAUGCCUUCUUCACUGCCCUCAGGGGGGCGCUAGCCAGCGACAAGCUGGACCACCUCAAGAAAAGAGUACUAGAAGGACCAGGCAAGGGGAUGAGCGGGGAGGGGGCUGGGGAGAGGGAUGGAUAGGUUUGUUGUCGAGGUAAGGGUGGGACAGGGAGGGGCUGGGGAGAAGGUGGGAGGAAUGGAGGGAGUGAUCCAGGUGAAAGUGUUGGGAGACCUUUUCUCUCCUUCCUUGAGGAGAAUAUGUGGGAUUGAAAGGUGGCUAGAUGAAGGCAAAGUUUAUGUUUAAUUGCACUCACCUACCCAGUCAUGUCAGAUCAGUGAUUACUUUCAGGCAGUCGGGAUGCAUUUUGGGGACUCCAGCGAGAAAUUGGCUUUGCAGCGGCUGGCAGUCAUCCAUAAAAACAAAAUAGGCAUCUCAACAAAUAAAAAAGAUAUGACAAGAGAGGGAGCAAGAGGGCCAGGUGAAGGGGUGUGGAGGGCCAGUGGAAAUGGGGCAGGAGGACCAGGUAGAGGGCCAGUGGAAAUGGGGCAGGAGGACCAGGUAGAGGGCAGGAGGACCAGGUAGAGGGCCAGUGGAAAUGGGGCAGGAGGACCAGGUAGAGGGCAGGAGGACCAGGUAGAGGGCAGGAGGACCAGGUAGAAGGCCAGUGGAAAUGGGGCAGGAGGACCAGGUAGAGGGCCAGUGGAAAUGGGGCAGUGCAGAUGCAAAGUUUGGUAACAGAAUGACCGCUCAAACAGCACAAACUGUCGUUCUGUUACCAAACUUUACAUCUGCACUGUUCUUCAAGUAAAUGUCUUUUUGUCAAAUGUUCUGUGGAAAUUGUUAAAAGUAGUCCUUGUGCAGACCUGUAUCAUUAGUUUAACUUUGCAAUCAUUGUUUUAGGUUUGGCAUACAUUUUAUACAUCGGUCUCGAUGUUACUGUGGAGUUGUCCUUCUAUAAACACCUCUGAUGCUGUCAGCAUCAUUUUACAAAUACACCUGAUGCUGUCAGCAUCAGUCUUUAGCCACCUCUGAUGCUGUCAGCAUCAUUGCCUAUUGCUUUAUUUAUGUUUUUUCAUUUAGGUCCCUCUUUUUCUGUAAUUCAUAUUUUUUGCACUCAAUUAAGUAUCUGAUGAAAACUGGGAUAGUUUUUUUUCCCACGUUUAAUAAAAGUAAUUAUGCUUUA